AUGCAAUCCAACGACUCCACCUCGUCCGACCCUCCCGCACCUACUGCCGCUGACGCGGCCGCCAUCAUCGCGACCAUAAACGGCAUCACGGAAGCGGCCAGGGACUUUGACAAAACGACCGCUACCUGGGAUGGCGGUCUCCUCGGUGCCGUUUCUAUCCUGACAAAGUCCGGCAAUCUCACCAAGGACACAAACAAUGGCGCUGCGAUUGCAGAGGCGGCCGACCCCCUCACCGUACCAGAGGCCGAGACAGUUGCGGCCGCCUUUCGCGAGCUCGCCGACGUCCUCAGCAAGGCCAUUGACACCACCAUCGCUGCAAAGCCACGCUUUGAGGCCAUAAGAUUUCUUGGUACCUCCGCCGUGGGGAAAAUCUUGGAUGGGCUGCGGAGCGCUGCGGUGGCCUUUAAUGAUGCCGUCACGAGGAAGGCGCCGGCAGAGCUGGUAGACACCGCGAAAGCUAUCUUUGCGCAGAUUGAUGGGCACUUUGUGCGAGGGCUGGCUGUGUUUCCCCUCAGUGGGAACGGAGCACCCGAGGUGAAAAGAUCAUCGGGAAAUACGGAAUAA